AUGGCUUACAAAUUCUAUCACUACGAUCCGUCCGGUGCCGCCGCCGUGGCUUUCGCCGCGGUUUUUGGUCUGACGACAGUCACACAUCUGUGGCAGAUGUUCCGAUCCAGAACGUGGUAUUUUAUUCCGUUCAUCAUCGGUGGCAUUUUUGAGGCCCUGGGAUAUUUAUGCCGAUUUAUCAGCUCCACCGAAACUCCCGACUGGACGAUGAAGCCCUACAUCGGGCAGAGCCUAAUGUUAUUGCUCGCCCCGGCUCUGUUCGCCGCCUCUGUGUACAUGAUUCUGGGCCGCAUCAUUCGUCUCUUAAACGCCGGCUCUGUCUCCCUCAUCCGGCCCUCCUGGCUGACCAAGAUCUUCGUCACUGGCGACGUCCUGUCGUUCUUCAUCCAGAGUGGAGGAGGAGGUAUAUUGGCUAAGGCAGACAGCAAAGACAAGAAGGAUCUGGGAGAACACAUGAUCAUUGUGGGUCUGUUCGUGCAGAUCGUCUUCUUUGGCUUUUUCAUCGUCGUCUCUAUCGUCUUUCACCGACGCAUGCUAGCCACGCCGAUGCACCAAAUGGUAUCUAGUCGGCUCCCGUGGACAAAAUACAUGAAGGUUCUCUACGUCGUUAGCGUACUUAUCAUGGUACGCUCGGUCUAUCGAGUGGCUGAGUAUGUCCAAGGCAGUGACGGCGCCCUGCAGGGCACGGAAGCCUACUUGUACGUCUUCGACGCUGCCCUCAUGUUUCUCUGCUGCAUCAUCUUCAAUGUUUAUCAUCCUAGCAAGAUCGUCUCCAAUCGCGAAGAGAAGCAGUGGGACACGGAUGACCUGGAGAUGUUGAACAACAACACGACGUAUCGCAGCGUUCCAUAG